AUGGCGGAUACGCUUCCCAUCGGAUAUCGAUUUUGUCCGUCCGACGAACAAGCCAUCUCCUAUUGCCUUGCGCCUAAGGUGAAGGGGGAGGUAGUGUUUCCAGAAUUCAUCCACGAGUUCGAUGUGUAUGAAAAGGAGCCAUGGAAAUUCUUCGACAAGAACGCGGAAGAAAGCUUGUACGUCUUCACCAAGCUCAAGAUGAAGAAGUCUAGAGUGGAAAGAACGGCAGGUUCGGGAUACUGGAGGGGAGCACAAAGCAGUGACGUCAAAGAUUGCCAUAAUAAUGUCAUCGGUCUAAAGAAACACUUGAACUUUAAAGUGAAAGACGGCUCAUCUUCCAAUAGCCAAAACACCGAGAAAGGAUCUUGGAUUAUGCAUGAGUACUCCGUGCCUAACCAAGAGAUUGUUAUGUGCAAAAUCCGAUUUAAAGAGAAGAAAGCAGUGGAAAACAAGGCACUACAAUAUUUCUCAGCACGCCUAUCGGAAUUAGAGAAAAUCAUUGGCUUAAGGAUUCUUCCGACUUCAACAACGAAAUCGAUGCACGUCGCGAAGACAUCAACAUGGAACCAUCAGAGAGAAUGUCACUGUUUUCGGGUCCUCAUGCUGAGUGGCAUCUACUGGACUGCAUAG